AUGGAGAGGUCAAGCAGAAGUGCUGCGGGUAGUUCCUUUGAUGAUACGGGUGGUGCUGGAACGUCAAGUUCUUGGGAGCAACAUUAUGAUGAUGGGGAUAUCGAUCUCAAUCUGUCAAGCUUGGCGCCGAGCUACACACGCACGGACAAGGCCUUGGCGCUCGUCAGACUGGGAGUCGGGUGCUGCUUCAUCGUGCUCGGAACCUGCGCAUUGGUUCGCUUCUACCGGUCGAAGUGGAUAUUGGAUAUUCGCACGAGGUCUGCGUAUCUUGUCAUGGUCGGGGGCGUGGCCGGUAUCCUGACGAUGCUCGUCACCGUGAACGAUUCCACCACGGUCGUCUGGGACAUCGGGUUCGACUGGUUCUGGAUAUCUCUGCUGCUCUUCUUCAUCUCGCCCGCGCUGUUCGGGAGCUACAUCUGCCGGGCGCUCCGCCUGGCCGUGGUCUUUCACCCGAGGGUGAAGCGUGCCCUGCCGUGGCUCAUCCCGGAGCACAACUACAUGGUCGUGUUGCUGGUCGCCAGCGUGGGAAUGUUGGCAAUCCCCAUCUAUCACGAGUACACCUUGGGGGUUUGGGACGCAAUUUCGAAGCAGACCAAUAUCCUGAAGAUUGAGGCCCGUGUGCUGGCGGUGGCGCUGGCUUGCAUUUACCCGUUCAUCAGGAACGUUGACGAUCUCUUCAGCAUCAGCACGGAGCUCAUCAUCGUCACUGCGACCAUCGUGCUCAUCACAAGUGAGGAGGUGGACGGCCAGUGGUGGGGGCCCUACGAGCGGAGGUGGUUCGCAAACAACAUGUCGGUCGUGUUCAUGAUUAUUCUCUUCGGCGUCAGCAUCAUUGCCCCGCUGCGACGCCUAGCGUCGGAUCCUUUGGCAGCAACCAGACACAACUACGCCAAUCGGGUACUGCCUAACCGCACGGAACCCCACAGCACGGCGAGAAGAGCGUCGGGGUUUUCAUCAGGUUUGGACUGUGAAUCGUCAAUGAUGUGUAGCGAAAGGGAAGAUGAAACCACGCUCGAGGAAGGGAAGCUUGGAGAGGCCCUCGCCACGGGCAUAACAACAACAGAACGGGAAGGCGGUAGCGCUGGCUAUGUCGCCGCCUCGGCCACCAUCGGCAAGGCUGUGACCACAUCCAGCGCCGACGCCAACGGUGCUGUUGCUCCCCACACGUGGACCGACCGGGAACCAACAAAUUCCUCCGUCGUGACGACUGCAACAUGGUUCGUAUCCAACGACAACGGCGCCGGAGGAAACAGACUUGAUGGUGUUCGGAGGGGGCAAUCGGAGAUAGGCCUCGACCGCGGCCGCGAUGGCGGUCGUCGAAGUCGCUCGCAUAAACAGGACAUCGACAUUUGGGACUUCGAGCGGAUUGUGAGGACACCCCUGCUGGCCGUCGCGUUCGAGGACUAUUCCAAGAAGGCGCUUUGCCACGAGUCAUUUCUCUUUCUGAGCGAGGUUUCUCGGUAUCAGAACGGCGACUAUGCCAUGGCGACAAGAGCAUCUUCGGGGUCAUCAUGUCCGACUCAGUUCGGCACGUUCUGCUACAUCACGGACACCUUCAUCAAGGCCGGCUCACCUGAGGAAGUAAACAUUAGCGACAAGGAAAGGAAGCUUAUACUUGCGUUGUACCACAAGGGCGAAGAGCUCUUCGAGGACGUUAACGAGGAGGAGAGAAGGAUGAUUUUCAGACGAGCGUAUCUGGCGGUGAAGCGUAUGCUGGAAGCCAAUCUCCUCCUCCGCUUUCUGAACACGGACCGCUUCAAGAGCGUGGAGAUGCAGAAGGAGGACACUCAGGUUAUGGUGGACUCCCCGCACCUGCAGGCGGGAGUAGCAGUUUCUUAG